AUGGAAGCUGCGAAUGCCCACUAUCACAAUGGGCACCAGCAGCCAGGUCCGCCGCUGCCCGCGUCGCCGACUCUUACGAACCCCGAUAUGAUAUUGCCGGAUUACGGCCGCAGCGAUUCUCCAGAUCCCGACCUUGGUGACCGCGGCCACUCGCCGCUGGAGAUGUGGAAGAACGCCCAUGCCGCUGCGGCGAGCGCCGAGAUGCACCGCAUGUUUGUCGCAACCGGCCUGGUACAGCGGAUCGAUCAUCCGUAUGGCCCCACAGGGCCGCUGACGCCCACCACACCCAUAAUCUAUGGAAACGGCACCAUGCUGUCGGACAUCGGGGAGGUCACGGAGGUGGAGAGCACGGUCGGGAAACCCUCGCCCUCCCGGAGCAAGUUUGCCGCCCGGAGACCCAUCUCACCUGGCCAUGGAGGUGGGAGCGACGGACCACUCAGGUCAUCUCCGACCGUGGGGCCGCCGUCUAUGAUGAAGAAGAAGUCAAAACAGAGCUUGCACGCCACUCGCGAACGCCGGUCGAGCAUAGAGAGCACCAGCACCAUCAAGACAGAAGACCAAGCUCGUCUCUUCGCUGACUUUGAUGAUUCGGUUAGCGUGGAUGACAGCGUAUUUCAAGGCGAUGACGAAGAGAGCCUCGCGUCAUCCUAUGUCGAAGGAACAGCGGUCAUCGAAACCGCACGCUUGGGAGUCGCUAAAGCCGACAGUAUCGAUCGAUUAUCUACCUACUCGACGACCUCGCUGAGUCGACGAGCCGAGGAGAUUCUUGCCAACGCUAAGAAAAGGUUAACGACGAUGGAAGGCAAUUUAAGUCGGGCACGGACUUCGUUACACUAUGGUACUGCAUACGGCUCCGACGAGUCCACCCCGUCCCCGCCUUUCCAGAGAGCUGCUACAGUCAUGCAUUCUCGGGACGGUACCGCGGGCUCAGGCACAUCCACUCCGGAGUUGUCUCCCAGACACAGCCGAAUGGGCAGUGAUGUUGCGAUACGAAAUGGAUUACCCUACCGAGUGACGAUGCCGAGGUCUCAAAGCGCGCUCGGCGCCGCUGGAGGCUACAGGCAACCGUUAGUGGCGUCAAAAAGUGCUGAUCAGCUUCGUGGGCAGAUGGAUGAAGAGCCUGGCCGCUCCACGUUCAAGCUCAAUCCUGCCCGGGAGACUUCGCUGCAGCCGCUAACAGAGGACGAGGUUGCGCGGCUUGGCGAGGCGGAUAGCAUGAGCCAACACGCGAGGCUUGAGGCUUUUCUUAGUCCCACAUUCGGGUCAUUUGACAAUGGCAGUAACUCGAGAAGAUCAGCUUCUUCGGCGCAGAUGCGAGACAUUAAAGAUCAAAUGAAGGACCUCAAGGGCAAAAUCUCGAGCCUACGAGAGCAAGCCCGUGCCGACAGCCUAAAGAGGCACAGUAUGCAAAGCCUCCGGACUCCCAGUCCGUUCACGCAUGCGCAGAUAGACCAAUGGUAUGCUCGGCCUCGUUCGAACAGGACUUCAGAGAUUUCUACGAGCACCGUUACCGGCAGAAAUCCGUGGAACGGCGAGGAGUCAAGUGUGGAUGGCGAUUCCAAGGAGCAGGUGGACCAACUCGAUCGCGACGACGCCGCCGAAGAAGACGUGGCCUACAUUAACGGAAACGGUGUGCAACCUGAACAAGCCGCCAGUCACUCUCCAGAAGCUGAGCCUUUAUCCCCCGGCGACCAAGAAGUCAGCAGCAAAGCCGACGAAGACGACGCUGACCUCCUCACGGAAAAUGGCGAUGUGGACGGUGAACAGGAGGAUGACUUCCAAGACGCAGAUGACUUGGAUUACCAGAGCGAAAGCGGCGAAUCACUUUAUCACGACACCGUUCAGCACCAAAUAUCUCACGAAGACCGUGAGGACGCAUUUGACUACGAGCACUUCUUCUUGCACAGUGCUAUGGGUACCAUGAGCCAGCAGCGGCUGGCAAGACGAGGGAGCCUAGACAGUUAUACCUCGGAGGACUCGGUUGAAACGACGAGGGGGCCAGUGCUUAACGUUGACCACAGCCCCGAUCGAUCGCACUCCAUAACACGGCGGAACAGCAGCGAUUCGAUAUCGACAAUUGGGACAUUUGCCACGGCCGACGAGGGUAGAUCAAGGAGGUCUGUAGAAAGCCCCGAUGGCGCAAGCAUCCGUUCUCACGACACCUUUGAGAGCUUCCCCAGAGCCAGUUCCUCAGCCCAAAGCACCCGGCACCGGUCGGGGAGCACAGCGACAGCCAAGCGGCUAUCUCUUGGUGUUCACCCGCUAGUAUCCGCCCCCCUAGGCGCCACCAACGCGACAAGAGACAGCGACGGCUCCAUCUCCCCCAUCGCCGAAGAGGACACAACAGCAGCCGAGGCCAGCCAACAACAACCCCGCCGCAACUCGGUCAUACACCGGCCCUUCUCUAUCCACAGCGCCUCCAGGAGCUCCCUCCACCGGCCUUCCGUCUCGUCCUUUGAGUCUGUCGGCACAAACCGCAGCUUUCCCCUCGUCAACAAACCCGCGGCUAGCGCCAAAGCCAACAGCACGGGCAUCUUGACGCCACGGGAUUCCCCGGACCAGGAACUCAGGCACAUCUCCAGUACUCUCUUGAGCGAGACGGUCAGUAGCUUCGAGCAGCAGCAGCUCAAACAGCGACAACCUCAACAGCCUGAUACCGACGAAGCGGAAACUAGCAAGGCCGCAGGCGCCGGCGGAGUUGUUGAUGGAGGAGAUGGUGACGCGGGGUCGGCGCAACCACACCCGCUCCAAUCGCUGCUCCGAGAGGACAAAUACCUCGUUGAGAGGAUCGUUGCUGGCUUGGGCAGAUGCGUGUUGGGCCUGACGGAGAACGGGAGGGCCAGCGCAGAAAGCAGAAUGUUUCGCCGCCGGAUCGAUGCGGCCAGGCGCAUCUUGGAGGGCUUGGAUGAUGUCUGA